UGAACUGUAGUUUAUGCGAUUUGUUCAUGUGAUUUUAGUUGAAACAAGAAAUUGAUACUGUAGUGGAGAUAGUGUGACAGUGAUAGGUGUACUUCGUUUCUGAAAAAAAGUAUAAACGAACAAAUACGAAAUAAUAACAGAUUUCUGGUGGAGAGUGUUUUUGGGAAUUAUACUACCAUCAUAUUUAUAAAAAUUUAAAAAGGACGAAACAUGAGCGCCAAAGAUCGUAUCCCUGUAUUUCCUUCGAGAAUGGCCAUGGCAAUUAUGAAGAAUCGCUUAAAAGGAGCACAGAAAGGCCAUAGUCUUCUAAAGAAAAAAGCUGAUGCUCUGCAGAUGAGGUUCAGAAGUAUUUUACAGAAAAUAAUUGAGACAAAAACUUUGAUGGGAGAGGUGAUGAAAGAAGCUGCUUUUUCACUUGCUGAAGCAAAGUUUACAACUGGUGACUUUAAUCAUGUUGUUCUACAGAAUGUAACCAAAGCUCAAAUAAAAGUUCGAAGCAAGAAAGAAAAUGUUGCAGGAACAAACCUCCCAGUUUUUGAGAGUUAUCAGGAUGGAGCUGACACUUACGAGCUAGCAGGUCUUGCUCGAGGAGGGCAGCAGCUUUCAAAGUUGAAGAAAAACUAUGCCAAGGCUGUGCAGUUGCUGGUUGAGUUAGCUUCUCUCCAAACAUCCUUUGUUACUCUUGAUGAAGUUAUCAAGAUUACAAAUCGUAGGGUAAAUGCUAUUGAACAUGUGAUUAUUCCUAAAAUUGAAAACACAUUAUCCUACAUAACAUCAGAGUUGGAUGAACGAGAACGUGAAGAAUUUUUCAGGUUAAAGAAAGUACAAGAAAAGAAAAAGAAGGACAAAGUCAGAGCAGAAAAAGAAAAAGCAGCUCUUCGGGCUAAAGGUGUUGCUAUGGACGAAACACCCAAUAUGUUAGAGGAUGAACACGAUGAAGAUAUCUUGUUCUAAAGUCCUGGAAAUUUAGAAGGUUUAAUUUUAUGCUAUGUUGUAAAUGAUGUGGUUUUGCAUUAUGUAAUUAUCAUAUAUAUUAUACAUAUAAUUAUGUGUCUUAAGGUAUUAUUCCAUAUUUAGUUUAAAAAAUGCUAUUGUAUGUGAUGAAACAUUUGUUUUGUGUGGUGUAAGAAUGUAAGUAGAUUAUUUUAUUUCAAGAAUACUGUUAAAAUGUUUGUAAGAGUUGCAGACUGCAUCAUAUAAAUUAAACAGUGACAGAACUGGA